AUCUGCCUACGAGCGACAAAGCUCGCUCAAUAUUUUUUCCGUAAUCUGUGCAGUGUCCCUUUCAGUGAUGAUAUUCACGCCGUUUUUCAGCUGAACCUCUCCCAAGGUAGAACCCAGCAGAUGAGGUAAUUUCAAAAUAAGUGGACCUCAAAAUGAUGUCCGAAAUGAGCGAUGAAGACCUCUACAGCUGUUCUGCUUCUGAUACAGACGAAGAUGAAUUUCACAAAUGGCCACGAGUCGAAAGAACAUCCAGAUUUUCGCUAGUUUUCUUUAUUCUCGGAGUUUCUCUGAUAGUGCCCUUCACCACAUUCGUUUGUGCGGCUGAAGAUGUGUUAGCAGGAACUAAUAAACCAACAGGAUUGGUGAUUAUAUCGUUAGCAGCUCCUUCGUGCAUUCUCAAGGUAGUGUCGCUGUGUUUUCAUCAAGUGUCGUACGUCGCUCGCGUUUUCCUCACGGCCACAUUUGUCCUCGCAGGGCAGUUGUGUACAGUGUUCAUUUCCAACCUUGAAGGUCGCAUAGUGGGAGUUUGUUUGGUUUCUGUUGGAACAGGAAUUGGAGAAGUUUGUCUUCUCAUGCAAGCUGCAAAAAUGCUGGAAGAAGCUGCCCUAUGUUCGUUUAUAAUAGGAACCGGAGCUGGUGCAGUUCUAGGUGCUGCCUCUUACGUGGGCUUGACAGUCUGGGCCACAGUAGACCCAAGAACAGCCAUAUUGGUGUCCGCUAUAUGGCCGCCGUUGUUUCUCCUUUUGUUCACAGUUUCACGCGGAAAUCUUCAUCUCGUCUGCAAUUCACAAACUUCUGGGUCAAUAUCACGGUUUGAACGGCGAAACUUUGAAAUUGACUGUCGUUUAACUCCACGCUGGAGAGAAAGAUCUUUGUCGGUGUGGAAGUCUUGCUCUCAUUUUUUGGUUUUGUUCUUGGUUUAUUUUGGAGAAUAUAUUGUCCUUUCGGCAAUCCUGACGACGCUAGUAUUUGAGGGCGCAGGAGUGGGUCCAGAAUUUGUCCCAAGGGGACAUUUUGAGCACUAUGUUCUGAGCACCAUGGUUGGAGAGUUCCUUGGUCGAACUUUUAUUUCCAUGCUUCGCGCCGUCGCGCCCGGAUUUUUCUGCAUUUCAGCCUCAGUGCUCGCUUUUUUUCCUCUUGCCCAGACCAUUUUCCUUUUACUAGCGACCUGGUACCGACUAGUUCCAGAGGUGUGGAUUAUUUGGCUGUUGUGCUUCAUUCAGGGCACAAUUUGUGGGAUGAUCUUCUCGAACUCGUACCACAUCAUCGCGAGAAGGUUCCUCUCGCAGCACGUCAUAUUCACUAUCACGCUUGCGUCUAUCUUAGAGACCGCUGGUAUUCUGACUGCGGGCCUGAUUGGCUGGCACAUCGAACCUUUGCUCCUCGGGCACUGUAUUCAUCAUUUUGGAAAUAGAUCGGAUUGUUUAACACGAAGUACGGACCCAAGUUUUUGGGAAUACGGAAAUAGGUUUAACUAUGAUAGCAGAACUGCAUUAUCGCUAUAAUUGAAAGAGGCGUGGAUAAUUAUUUUUAUACUUAAACAGUGAGAUAGUAUAGCUGGAAAAUAUUAUUUUAACUCCUUUAUUCCUGCAACGAUUACAAUUUUUUUCGGGCACAAAUCCCGCGCGCGUUACGCACAAAAUGAAUAGCAAAGGGAAUUGUUUGGGUAGCCAAUCAGAGUGCGCCUUCGACGUUAUCCACUGUUUUAGCAGAAACUAGUUUUAGAUAUUUCCACUGUAUUCUAAUGGUAAAUAUCUCACAUGGUAUAAAAAUAAUUAUUACCGCUAUUUUCGCUGUAUUUCAAUGGUAUGUUUAGAAUAAAAAUGGCAUUUCUAAGUAUAUCGCAAUUAAAUUAACCACCGACCACUGAAAAAAAAAACAAAGCAUAACGAUUAAUUGUUUUUAUCUUGGAGGAAAGAAUUAUCGUUCGACAGUUUUCGUGUAUUCUCAGUGUUCUUUAGAUAUUACAAUCUUUUAUUUCAUUCAUUAAGCUGUAAGAAAGAAGGUUUACAAUGCUCAAAGCUGUCGCCUUUUAAAUAUCUUCCGCAAAUUUCUGCUUUUUUCAUUCAGGUUUAUAGAGAAAUGCAUUAGAUAUUUCCCUGACCAAUGACUUAUCAGCGAUUCAAGCUUGUAUUUAGGAGACAUUCUACUCCAACAACUUAAAUAUAGUAUUAAAUACUUAUAAAGCUACAUUGGUGAAGCUGUACAAAAUUAAUUUAACUUAAUUAUUAAGUUUAUUGAAUCAAUAAAGAAGUGAUAGCCU